AUGGUUUUUGGUACCCUUUCUAUUGACAGUAGAGUUGCAUAUGUUUUAUUUGAUACAGGUACUACACACUCGAUUGUUUCUGAAAACUUCGAAGAAAAUCUUAAAUCAUAUGAACAAUCCACCGAAUUUUCAUUACAUAUUACUACUCAUAUGGGUAGUUUAGUAUGUAUAUUUGGGCAAUUCCCAAACUGUCCAUUAUUUAUUGGCGAUCGAAUUCGGGAAGUUACUUUACUACCAAUGAAAAUGGAUCACUUUGAUAUCAUCMUUGGCAUGGAUUGGUUGUCUAAACAUCGWGUGACYAUCGACUGCAAAKCCAAACAAAUCAUCUUCGGUGACGUCAAURAACCCGAAUAYGUGUUCCAGGGUGUUUCACCURAGAAGGGAACUCGUGUUAUCUCARAAGUAAAUGUUAAAGCAAUGGUMUGGCAARGAUGUGAAGGRUUUUUAGCUUCAYUACAAGAUCYMGAAGAGGUAUGCCUUAAACUUGAAGAUAUUCCUGUUGUUAAUCAAUUUCAAGACGUCUUUCCAGAAGAACUUCCAGGAGUUCCUUCGGAAAGGGAAAUUGAAUUUACAAUUGAUCUUGUUCCRGGAGCUGUACCUAUCUCAAAGGCUCUGUAUCGUAUGGCUCCGACCGAAAUGAAAGAACUUAAGGAACAACUUGAAGAUCUUUCUAAUCGGGGUUUCAUUCGACCCAGUGUAUCUCCGUGGGGUGCACUGGUCCUAUUCGUUAAAAAGAAAGAUGGAUCAAUGCAAUUGUGUAUUGACUAUCGGGAACUAAAUCGGGUUACGUCGAAAGAAGAUCACGAAACUCACUUUCGUAUUACUUUAGAAACUCUUCAAAAUAAGAAGUUGUAUGCAAAGUUUUCUAAGUGUGAAUUCUGGUUGCAUCAAGUGGCAUUUUUGGGCCACAUUAUAUCCGGCGAAGGCAUUAAAGUCGAUCCUGCAAAGGUUGAGGCUAUAACUAACUGGCCAAAACCAACAAAUGUUUCUAAAGUCCGAAGUUUCCUAGGUCUGGCAGGUUACUAUCGAUGGUUUGUUGAAAACUUUUCCCGGAUCGCGCUCCCUAUGACUAAACUUCUUAGAAAAGAAUUUAAAUUUGUCUGGGGUGAAGAACAGGAAAAGGGUUUUGAAGAACUGAGAAAGAGAUUGAUUACAAUGCCUGUUCUUGCAUUGCCAUCUGGAUCGGGAGGUUUUCAGGUUUAUAGUGAUGCUUCUAAAAGUGAUCUUGGCGAAGUGAUUGCGUAUGCCUCUCGCCAGCUCAAACCUUAUGAAUUAAACUACCCUACUCAUGAUCUUGAGUUGACAGCAGUCAUUUUUGCACUCAAAAUAUGGCGUCACUAUCUGUACGGAGAGACUUAUGAUAUCUUUACUGAUCACAAAAAUUUAAAGUACAUCUUCAUGCAAAAAGAGUUGAAUAUGCGUCAACGACGAUGGCUCGAACUUCUUAAGGACUACGACGUCCGAAUUAAAUAUCAUCCAGGCAAAGCCAAUGUAGUGCCGAUGCCCUUAGCCGUAAAAACAGUGGUAACUCUCACGGUUGAACCAACUCUUGUAUCUCGAAUCAAAAAGGCUCAACAACAGAAUGGAGAACUUUGGGCUAUCUUACAAAAGGCUAACGAUGAUUCACAGUCUAAUUUUCGAGUGAUGAUAAAGAAAGUGAAGAUUGAACAUCAACGGGCUAGCGGAUUAUUACAACCAUUAGAGAUUCCAGUUUGGAAAUGGGAACAUAUCUUUAUGGAUUUUGUAACAGGACUGCCGAAAACUCAGAGACGACAUGAUGCUAUAUGGGUAGUAGUUGACCGUUUGACAAAAUCGGCUCAUUUCCUACCUAUACAGGAGACGUACCCUGUUAGUAAACUGUCCGAUCUAUUCCAGCAGGAAAUCGUGAGGUUGCAUGGAACUCCAGUUUCUAUCAUAUCAGACCGAGAUCCGCGAUUCACUUCUCGAUUCUGGAAAAGUCUUCACCAAGCUUGGGGUACGCGAUUGAUUAUGAGUUCAGCUUUUCAUCCACAAACAGAUGGUCAGACUGAACGAACYAUUCAAACUCUAGAAGAUAUGUUACGGGUUUGUGCUCUUGAGUGGUCUGGUGGUUGGGACGAGUCUUUAUAUCUUGUGGAAUUCGCGUAUAUUAAUAGUUGGCAAACUAGUAUUGGCAUGGCCCUGUACGAAGCUUUAUAUGGUCGGAAGUGUAGAACACCGAUCUGUUGGAAUGAAGUGGGGGAACGAGCUAUCGAAGGACCCAAACUUGUCCGAAUUACUACUGAACAAGUCGAGAUCACAAAACAUAAAAUGAAAGAGGCUCAAUCUCGACAGAAAAGUUACGUUGACAAACAUCGAAAGCAUUUAGAGUUCCAACCGGGUGAUCACGUCUUUCUAAAGUUUCACCGUUACGAG